AAUUCACCUUCGUCGCAUUCAGCCAAGGUAAAUUUGGCUUCUGCAAAGACCAACAGUACAGGAGGUGGUGGUGAUGGUGGUGGUGGUGGUGGUGGAGGAGGAGGAGGCAGUAGUGGAGCUGGUGGAUGGUCGCGAAGAGCUGCUGACGCUGUGCUGGCAGAAGCUGCACACGCCGACAAAAUGAUGCGGUCUGCAGCCGGUGCCGCUUAUCGAUCUGCCUGUCAGACACCUCCAGCACAGAUGGGACGAUGUCAUACGCGAGACUAUUUUAGAGCAAGCAUUACGAGCAGUUUCGAUGCAAUAGGUGGUUGCAGUUGCGAAAUCGGAUGUCAUGUGGGAAGUGGACCUUGCUCCUCCACUCGUCAGAAUCCUUCUUAUUACCCUCCGACUACGUCGCUUUGUCUGGAGUGUCAGCAGCAGCAACAUCAAAAUCACCAAAGUGUUGACACCUGUUGUCAACAAUGGUCAGCACAUCACGCUCAUCACUGUCAGAUGUCUCACGCGAUGAGUCACACACGGGCUAGUUGUUCGUGCGAAGAAUGCAACACCUCCUAUAGGGAACAGGAGCCACCGUGUCGCCUCCCGCUCUCGUCCUAUCAACGAAAUGCUCAACCUAAAUCUCCUUUUGCCGAAGAGGAGACAGGCACCACCCAGACUUGUCCCGCCUGCGCUGGUCUAGCUGCGGCAGCCUCGCAAGAGUGCGGCCUCAGCGACGGGAGCUACAAUGAAGUUCAGUGUGCUCCACCGCUGCUUAAGGAUCCCGAUGCAGCACUUGCCGAUGUCUGGGCCUCCGCUGCUCAUCACCGAAGUGGGCGCUCCAUCGCUGCCAUUCCUUCCUCCGUCUCUCGUCGUUCAGGUUGCUAUAACACGGAAAAUCUGCUCGCCGAGUGUAUCAGCGGCGACGGAGGCUGUGGAGGUAGUCAGUUCUCCUACAUGGUUGAUUGCACUCAGUGCCAACAGUGUGAUGCUGAGCGUUAUGCUACAGGCAUUGGAUCCAAGCCGGAUAGCCGAGUGUUGCGACGAGUAGCGACGGUUGCGCGUGACAUCGCUGAGAUUGUGAGAGGCAUUCGGUACUUCCAGCGUAAAAAUGAAGAAAAAGAACGUGUGCAGAAGAUCAUAAACGAGUGGCGCACGGUCGGUGGUGUCCUUGAUCGCCUCUUCUUUGUCUGUUACAUAAUCGCAAUAAGCAUUUCGAUAAUCCUUUAUUUCCCAAGACCUGCAGGUAGUGGGUAA